AUGAACGUCGGUGAAUGGGAGAGAGCAUUAUCAGAAAACAUGCUGCUCCCUGCAUUUCAGGAUGUCUUGGAAGGCUUUACCAAUGGGUUUGACCAAGGUAUUCCCGCUCACACAUUAGGUGACAUGAAAUGGUAUACACCCGACAACCAUCGAUCUUCAGAGCUUGCAAAGGAAGACAUCAAGAGAUCAAUUUCUAAGGAGAUCAGCGCGAAACGGAUGUUUGGACCGUUUUCACAUCAGCAAAUGGAUAAACACUUUGGUUUCUUCCGCUCGAACCCUCUGGGAGCGGUCGUUAACGGUGAUGGGGCGAUUAGGCCGAUCAAUGACUUGUCGUACCCUAGGAACGACGACACUAUUAAAUCAGUGAAUUCAUUCGUCAAUAAGCAGGAUUUUGAAACGACUUGGGACGAUUUCAAAACAGUUUCAAGAUUUUUCGCGGAAGAUCCAAGGGAAUUCGAAUUAGUGUUGUUUGACUGGGAGAAGGCCUAUAGGCAAAUUCCAACUAAACAAGAUCAGUGGAAGUACCUUUUGGUCCAGGAUUUCGACGGCAACCUGCUGGUCGACACCAGGAUAACAUUUGGUGGAGUAGCUGGUUGCGGUUCCUUCGGGAGACCAGCAGACGCGUGGAAAUUAAUCAUGAAAAACCAUUUUCAAUUGGCUAACAUCUUCCGCUGGGUGGAUGAUAAUCUCUUUGUACGGGAACUGGGCUCCGAAACGUCGAUGAGCAAAGUGGUAACGAAAUCAACUGAGUUAGGGGUAUUGACGAACGCUAAGAAAUAUUCGGAAUUCAGCAAUUCUCAGAAGUUUAUAGGCUUUGUGUGGGACGGCAUCGCAAAAACGGUUAAACUCCCAGAAGGGAAAAUCGAACAACGCCUCAAUCAAAUUUACCCUUUCCAAGAGCCAAAAGCGGUCUUUGAUUACGAAGAUGCCGAGGUGCUCGUGGGAAGGCUUAAGCAUGUGUUGUACAUGCUUCCACACCUGAGGUGCAAUCUCUGUUCUUUGUACAAAUGGUUGAAGUCGUGGAUCUGGCGGAAGGCAAAACGCGCGACACCGGCAGACGUGUUGGUAGACUUGAGUGUCUGGGUGGAAACUCUACAGAACUUUGAACAUACAAGGCUAAUCAGAUGGGGUCCUCCUUUGGACUUGGAUGGGUAG